AUUUGGGCUGGGGCAACUCCUGAACCCAAACUCUCGUUUCAUUCUUCGUCAGCUCUCUCUUCCUCUUCUCUCAUUUUUUUCUCUUUCUCCCUUUCUCUAUCUCCCCGAUCUGAAACCAUUAACCUGCGUUGCUUUCACAGUUACACAGAUCUCUCUCAUCUUUUCUUUUCGAUUUCUCUAGUUCUCUCUCUUUUGCGGUCUCACAUAACUCGUGACGCUUCGAUCUUUCUUUGUUUCUCACCAUCUCUAUUUGGUUUUCACUCUCUAGGGUUUCUAAAACGGCACCAAAAUAUAUCGUAUUUAAGAUGGGCUUCGGCGAGAAGAAGUGGAAUGACUGUUCUGGGAAAAGUUGCUGUCCCAAAACCUAUAAACCUACCGAGUCAAAGGUUAGAAAAUCAUGGUUUGGACCCAAAUGUGGAAAUUGUUCCCAAGGGGACUCUUGGCUGGGGUAGCAAAACAUCUUCAUCAGCAACAAACGCAUGGGGCUCUUCCACACUGUCACCACAUGCUGAUAGUGGUACUGGCUCUCCCAGCCAUCUUACUGGCCGCCCUUCAUCUGGUGGAAGUGGCACUCGGCCAUCAACUGCUGGUAGUGAUAGAGCACAUGAACCUGUUGCUAAUGUAUGGGGUUCAAAUUCUAGACCAUCAUCAGCUUCUGGGUCAUUGACAUCUAACCAGACGUCAGCAUCAUUACGACCUCGCAGUGCAGAAACAAGACCCGGCAGCUCUCAGCUCUCUCGAUUUGCCGAACCCUUGUCUGAGAAUUCAGUGGCAUGGGCUGGAGCUGCUACAGCAGAGAAGUUGGGAGUGAUAUCCUCCAAGAACGAGGGGUUUUCUUUGAUUUCUGGAGAUUUUCCUACACUUGGCUCUGAAAAAGACUGUUCUGGGAAGAACACAGAAUCACAAGGUCUCAUGAAUAAUGGUCGGCAUGCCUGUUCUGGGUCAUCUGGCGGAGUAGCAGCUGCGAAAGAAAGGACGGGGACUUCUGUAGCAGGUGAUGUUUUGGUAAAUUCAAAUUCAAGCAGUGCAACUGCAAACUCAUGGAGAAGAGAUAAUCAUCCUUACAGCGAAGAUGGAGUAUGGCCUAAUGUGGAAAAGUGGCAAGUAGAUCCCCAAGGCCCACAACCAUAUCCAAAUGCUAGCAUUCCGCCUCCACAUUAUGAUACUUGGCGUGGUCCUCCAAUAAAUCAUCCAGGUGGGGUUUGGUAUAGAGGACCACCUGGAGGUCCUCCAUAUGGUCACCCUGUUGGCCCCGGGGGCUCCGAAUGGGAUGCUAUCCAAUUUCAAUCACCUAAGGAAUCUAAAGGUGCAAAUCAGGGUUCAGAGCAACGCUUAUCUUUACCAAAUGAAGAAAGCCGUAGCCAAACAAAUAACCAAUGGAAACCUCAGCAUGCUCGCAGGACACAAAGAAAUCCACAGGCUAGUAAAUCAUCAGAAAAGUUUCACACUGGUGAUGCUGUUAUAUGGGCACCCGUCCGGACACACAACAAAACUGAGGUUGCUAAUGAAGCUAGCCAGAAUACUGUAACUGAGACUCUUGCUCCAGUUGCAAGAAGUGAUCAUCAAGUUCAGAAUAAUUCAAGGAACAAGAGGGCCGAGAUGGAGAGGUAUGUUCCAAAGCCUGUAGCGAAAGAAAAGGCUCAGCAAGGAGGCAGUCAACAACCAGUGGUUUCUUCUGUCAGUCAGUCUGUGUCUGAUGAGACUGUUCGAAGAAUGGAUUCUGUGUCUCAAGGUACGGAGAUUACACAGCCUGCUGGCCCAGCUAUUGCAAAGGGAGGAUCCGCUCUGGAGUCCAGGAAUGAUGAUGCUCGGUCAAACAAGCAUGGAAAAAUACAUGGAUCAUGGCGUCAACGGAGCUCAGGAGAAUCAACUCCAGUGCAAGGAGUCCAUAACGGACAGUCUUCAAACUCAAGUAGAAAUGUCCAAAAAUCAGCUGAGCAUCAAAACUCCCUGAAACAAGAAGUAAGCUCAGUAAGAGAGCAGCCCAAAUAUGGGGACGAGUGGAAUACUUCUGACAACUGGAAGAUUCCAGAAAGUUCUGAGACAUCGACAAUGCCUGUUGUAAAAGAUCAGGGAUUAACAAGCAGAGGGAAGAGGCAUGCACACAAGGGGCACAAGGGUACAGGAAAUAAUCAUGAUGAUCAGAAGAUUCAUACUGUCGAUGCUGAUAAAAAUUACAUGCAAUCAUCAUUCCCUGAGAUGAGUCAGACAGAUUUAUCUUCUGCUUCCAAAGAAAAUUGUGCUCUUGGAGAUAGAUCAACAUCUCAUUGGCAACCCAAAUUCCAGGCACUUUCAGUUUCUAGUCAACGAAGCAGCCGAGCCAUUAGCAGUCAAAAUGCAGAGGUUGAAGCUGCUAGGACUAACAAAAAGAAUUAUUCUCUGCCAGCUGAGGUUUCACUUCCACGUCAAAUAGAAAAGGACACCGACGGAGGGUUGAGUCAGCGUCACCAAGAUCAGUCCUUAUCUGAUAAGAGUAAUGUGAAAGAAGCACCUAAUGCUGGGCAGCAAGAGCUUAGGAGGGAGAGGAGGAUGGCGUCACAUAGAGGUCAACCUUACUCCACAAAUCAAGGGCCCGAUGGCCCUCUUGACCCUGCUUCGUCAAAUAUGGACACUCGGCUUGAGCAACGCUCCUCUUCAGGAUUCCGCAAGAAUGGAAGCCAAAGUAACCGCUUUGUCAGAGUGAACGAAUCGCAUGGAGAUUGGGGCUCAUAUGGUGUGCCUGGGAACAGAGAUAGGCAGAGGCAAAAUUCACAUUACGAAUAUCAGCCAAUUGGGCAGCAGAGCAUUGACAAAGUAAAUACUUCGGAAGGAAGAAAAGAUAGUUCUCAUAAUUCAGGUCCAAGAUUCAGGGAGAGGGGUCAGAGUCACUCGAGACGCGGUGGAGGGAAUUUUUAUGGUCGGCAAAGUGGUGGUAUUCGAUCAGAUGGUAGUUAUGAUUGACUAGUGGUGUUAUGAUCGAUUAGUGGUGAUGAGUAAACUGAAAAGGUUUUAGUUUGGUAAGAAGACACUCCUCCAUUUGCCAUUGUGUGUGCAUUUGAGCAGGAGUAGAAGUGAGAAAAGAUGGUGAUGUGGUGGCUUGGCCGAGAAAAAAAAAGAAAAGUAGGUAAAGAUGAGAAGUGAUUGGAUGGUCUAGUUCUGUUUUUAUUUUUAUCUUUUCUUUCUCAAAUAUAAUCUGACAUUAACAAUUGCAUUAUGGUCACGGUAUGUUGGCUGUGGAACCUUGUGGCAUGUUUCUUGAGCCUUGUAUUCGGUGGUCAUUAUUUGCUUAGAUUUAAAUUGGAACGGGGUAAGAAGGAAUGAAGUAAUCCAAAUUUUCCUGGUUCUCCCA